AUGCCACGACUGGGCCCCGCCUGCUUGACGUGCAGAGAAAAAUGUCGGAAAUGCGACCGCGCUCGUCCGACCUGUAAUCGCUGCAUCACUAAAGGCCUGGACUGCGGGGGUUAUCCAGAACAGUUCCGGUUCUGUGGCAUUGCCAGUCGCGGGAAAUGGAAAGGUGCCCAGGUUCCGGUAGGGGAUCGAACUACGAGGGUACGCUCCAAUCGAGUUGCCCGACAGCAGACUCGGGACUCGUCGACUGCGCCGCCUGUGUCGGGAGACACCCCGAAAUCUUCGGAACAAACACAAACAUCUCCAAUCUUGGUAAGGCCAAUUGAGAGCCCGCAGAACCCGUCGGAUGAAAUCGUGCGGAUCCUGGGUCUGACCGAGACCGAGACUCUUCUCUCACACUAUGAUAGCUUCAUUUGUCCGCAUCAGAUAUCAGGAAUCGGGGAUGAUGUAGAUAACCCUUACCGAUCAUAUAUCCUCCCAUUGGCCCGGCAGCAAAUAGGAUUACUCUAUGCCGUGCUGGGGCUGUCCGCAGCUCAUCUUGGGAAGCUGACCGACAAUUCUACACUCUAUGACACCACGGCUGUCGAAUAUCGCCUUAGAGCCAUCCGUGCGCUGAGCAAAGAGAUUCGACGAAGCCAGAGCGAGACUUUGCUUGCGGAUGAGCAGGAUGCUGUGCUGGCUAUCAUUCAGAUUCUGCUGCUUCAUGACAUCGCGGAAACUGGGGUCUCAAGUCACGGGAUCCAUAUUACGGGGGCUAUGUCUGUCUGCAAGAGGCUGUUAAUUGCCGAGGGGCUAAAUGGACAUCGCCAGCGGGCAGUGUUUUUCCUAGGAAACCUGGCCUGGCUUGAUAUCAUACGAGGCUUUGCCGGCGCUGAGCGAUUAUGCUUCUCCCAAGACGUUCGAGAAAUGGUGGCAUUUGCUAGCGACUAUAAAUUCGAGUUGGUGAAUGGAUGCCCGAGGGACGUCUUCCUGAUUAUCGGAGGCGUCCUGGAUAAAGCUAAAGAGCACACAUUGGGGUGGCUAACGUGGAACGAGUUUCAAAUUGCUUUGCUGUUGGCAAAACAUAAAUUAUAUUCUUGGGACCAAAAGAGCUUUAAAUUCCCCAAUGCUGAUCCCCGCUGGUCGGCAGCAGCGGAAGCCUUUCGGUAUGCAUGUAUACUGCGCAUCCUUCGGCUGCUGGAUCCAUUUCAACCGGCCAACACUCCCGAGAUACAGGAUUGCGUAACAAAGAUUCUGGAUGCUACUGCCGAGAUUCCCUUUGAUUGCUCGAUCGUCGAGCUCUUGAUCUUGCCCCUUUUUAUGGCCGGUGCCGAUUCAUUAUCGCCUCACUCGCGAUAUUACGUGGUCUGUCGAAUAAAUGAAGUUGAAAGGAGAUCUGAGAUCCGAAAUCCAAUCCCAAAAGAUUUGCUUCGGAAGGUGUGGGAUGCUCGGGCGGCCCAAUCUCCUGAUGAAGAUAGGAAUGUAUCAUGGACGGAAUUUACUCAUUCGCCUGAAUUGGCGCGACAGCAUGACUAUCUCAUCAUAUGA